AUGGACCUCGACACUCUAAGCAAGGCACGAGAGGAGCGUCUCAAAUUUCUCGGCGACAAUGUGAGGCAUCCUCCAAAGCUAGGCCUGUCCGAUCAGUCCGCAACAAACGCCAGAGACCUUCUCAGCAGUGGACAUUUCAGCGAUUUCACCAUUCGAUGCGACGCUGUCAGCUUCCCAGUCCACAAAUCUAUUCUAUGGAUGCAGUCCGGCUACUUCAAAGUGAUCACUGGUGGUCCUUUCGAAGAGAGCAACACCAACGAGGUCACCCUGAAAGACACUCAGCCCCUCACGGUCGCAGUACUAUUGCUUAUGAUCUACAGUGGCGACGACGGUCAGAAUUUGGAUCGGGCAUACGAGGUGUGGCCUGCGCUAAAGCUCCCCGUGUACGAAGGAACAAGCGAGGAGCACAAGAACACAUACCUGUCCACCCACUUUUACGAUGAGCUCAAAACGCUGAUCAACGUGUAUGUGCUCGCGGACCGUCUGCUCGUUUCGCACAUUGCAAACGCGGUCGCAAGAUAUCUUCUCGGUCAGAUGGAAGGGGUUCUCUUUGCCGACUUCAAGCGCAAAAUCUUCGGCCCCGGACUUCAAGCACUCCCCGACAUACUCGAGCAUAUCUACAAAGUCACUCAAGCCGAAGACGUCAAGCUCCGAGAGGAGACAACCAUGUUGUGCCUGCGGAACCAACACAUACUGAAAAAAGCGUCGGGUGCAGUCGAAGUAAUCGAGCAACAUGAUGGUCGAGCUUGGCGGAUGGGAAAGAGAAGUGCCAAAUUGAUUCACGAGGUUCACGGGAAGCUGUUGUCUCGGUGUGCGGGCUCUUUCACUGGGGGCAUCUACGUCACCACUGCAGAGUUCGAGAGAACAACGGGAAAGGAGUUGUGGACGCCAUGGGGGAUUUGA